UUCACCCAGGAUUGGAUCGGUGUGUGUGUGUUCCAUCCCGUGAAGCGUCUAUAGUGCCGCACCCUGUCCUCCGUGCGUAAAACUUCGCACGUACAUCAUCAUCAUCAUCAUCAUCAUCACACACCACGUUUCAUUCCUCCAGCAGAGUCUUGGGAGCAGCGGUGGGUAGCGGCUCACCUCGCGGAUAGGUCGCACUCAGAGAUGGGAGAGGAGCGGCUGCUAUGACACGGACACACCGGGCGGGAAGGAUGGCUCUCACCAGCCGAGGAAUGUUGUGCUUGAUCGGAUCCGCCUGCCUCUGGCUGCCGUUGUUGGCGGAGGUGGUGGCGGAGGACAGUUACUUAAACGAGGUGCAGAACUCAGUGCCUCUGUCCUGCUCUGAGGGAUUCACAGAGUUGGGAUACUACAACGGCACCGUUUCCCAGACGGACUCUGGCGCCCCCUGUCUGAAGUGGACCGAGUUUCCAGACUAUGUCAUGCAGUACCCGGGCCGGGGGCUGGGGGACCACAGCUACUGCAGGAACCCCGACCGAGAGUCCAACCCCUGGUGCUUCUUCAGACAAAACUCUGGAGCCAUCGGAUGGGCCUACUGCGACUGCCACCAGGGUGCGGCGCGUCUGGUUGGCAGCUCGGCCUCUGGGAGUGGCCGUGUGGAGGUCUACCUGAACGGCCAGUGGGGGGCGGUGUGUGACUCCCACUGGACCGACAGAGACGCCAGUGUCAUCUGCAGGCAGCUGGGCCUCGGGGACAUUGGAUCAACGGUGCAGCGCUCUCAGUUCGGCUCGGGCUCUGGCCUCUUCCAUUACGAGCGUCUGGGUUGCCGUGGCGACGAGAACACUCUGAGUACGUGCCGGAGCCGGACAUUCGUCACCGGCGACUGUAGCCAUGGAAACGAGGCAGCAGUGGUGUGUGCACCACCGGAAGGCAGUGGCCCUCCGCUGCGAUUGGUCGGAGGCGAGGAAGACUUUGAAGGUCGGGUGGAGGUGUUUCACACAGGAAGGUGGGGCUCCAUCUGCGACGACCAGUGGGACGACAGAGAUGCUGAGGUGGUGUGCAGACAGCUGGGAUUCGGGGGCGUAGCGAAGGCCUGGUCGUGGGCUCACUUCGGUCAGGGGUCCGGCCCGAUCCUGCUGGAUGCCGUGAAGUGCACAGGAAACGAGCUCUUCCUGGACCAGUGUCCCCAUGGCGACUGGGAGCAGCACAACUGUGACCACAUGGAGGAUGCUGGGGUCUCCUGCAGCCCUUAUACAGGUACAGACGGGGUGGUGCGCCUGGUUGGAGGAGACAGUCCCUGGGAGGGGCGGGUGGAGGUUUUCCACAGCGGGGACUGGGGUACGGUGUGUGACGACCACUGGAGCCAGCAGCAUGCAGAGGUGGUCUGCAGACAGCUGGGCUACAGGGGUCACGCGGAGGUCGUGUCUGACGGGAUGUUUGGCGAGGGUGUGGGUCUGAUCCUCCUGGACGAUGUCCACUGUGAGGGGUCCGAGACGUCCCUGCUGGACUGUCCUCACGGGAUCUGGGGCCGGACCGACUGCUCCCACAGCGAGGACGUCGGGGUCCGCUGCAGAAAACGACCCAGCCAAGAAACCAACCAGGUGCCGGUCAUCGCACCUUCCACAGGUCCCCUGGUGCGUCUGGUGGGGGGCAGCAGCAGAAAGGAGGGUCGAGUCGAGGUGUAUCUCCAUGGUGACUGGGGAAGUAUUUGUGACUCAGGCUGGAACGACCUGAAUGCAGCCGUGGUGUGCAGACAGCUCGGACACAGUCUAGGAGCAGUAGCAGCGGGGGGGUUCGGUCAGGGCAAGGGGCCGAUCCACCUGGACCAGGUGAGGUGCACGGGGAAGGAGGAGUUCCUGGGGGAGUGUCCCUCUCUGGGCCAGAGCACCCAGAGCUGCAGGCGGAGGGUGGAUGCGGGGGUGAAGUGUGACGCCCCCCCUCGGGAGUCGGCGGGGGCCAAGCCUCGGGAGCUGAGCUGUGGGCUGAGGAAGCUGGGGGAGGAGGAGAGCAAGAGGGAGAGCCAGGGGGAGAGAAACAUGCUCAGCACCUCGUGGCCCUGGCGGGUGUCGGUGUGGCUCCACUCUCAAGAAGAUGGCGGCCCCCUCUGCAGUGGCACCCUGAUCAGCCCCUGCUGGGCCCUGACCUCUGCCUCCUGUGUCAGCAGGUUGGGCAGCGACCCCUCCAGGUACGUGGUGCGCAUCGGGGCGUCGGAGCAGACCCUCACUCCGCAGCAGGUGGUGGUCCACAGGAAGUUCAAAGGUCAGAGUGGAGGUCACGAUCUGGCUUUGCUGAAGCUUCCCAGCACCAAGGGCCACUGCCUGACGUUCGACCCCAACACCAACGCAGCAUGCCUCCCAGCUGCAGACGCUUCAUCAGGAGGGAUUCCUCCUUCUUCUUGCGUUGUCAUAGUUACCGCUGGUUUGACAGGACCAGACUCAGUUCUUGCAUCCUGGGUCCCUCUGAUGUCGUCAUGGCAAUGUAAGAAGCGCUAUGGCGACAGCUUCUCCAGCCACGGCACCCUGUGCGCCGGCAGCCCUCCAGACACCAGCCUCCUCCACGACAACGGUUGUCAGGGCAACUCUGGCGGUGGGCUGGUGUGUCAGGGGGAGUCCGGUCGAUGGUUCCUCACCGGGGUCGUCGCCGGGGGUAACGGCUGCUCCGACCCCUCCUCUCCGUCGCUGUACACUCGAGUCAGCCGCUUCAAGAGCUGGAUCGAGGAAGUCACCGACACACACCCAGAGGAGGCGCACACACACACAGACACACAACAAGAUCUCACACACGCUGACAGUGACCCGACACACACACACAGCGAGGGCAAGAGCGAGCACUCCCACGUGCACAAACACACACACGAUCAACAGGAAACAAAUGAAAUCAUUGAGAUUACUAAGAAACACACUCAUCAUACACACACCAAGCAGCACGUUAACACACACACACACCACGGAGGGGAUGACACAGACGCACAGAUCCUGGUCUGAGUGAAGCUGACCAUCUGACCAUGUGAGCGCCUGAGGAGGAGGAGGAGGAGGAGGAGGAGAAGGAGGAGGAGGAGGAGGAGGAGGAGAGUUACAGGAAGUAAACAUUAAAGAAAAGAAAGAUGCCUCUAACUUAGGUCAGUGCAAACAUGUCCGAUCUGAACUCAGCGGUGUGUGUGUGUGUGUGUGUGUGUGUGUGUGUGUGUGUGUGUGUGUGUGUGGUGUGGUGUGUGUGUGUGUGUGGACAUGGGCAGACCUUGCGGAGUGUGUGUGGGUGAGUUUGAGUUGCUUUACAUGUGAGUUACAGCCCGACGAGAGGCCGAACAAAGACGUUUAGGUUGAGCCUGGCAUGCUGAUCGAGGCCUUUCACUGAUACCCCAAAAUCAAAAAAAUCAGCAUGGCAUGUAUUUUAAGUGUUCUAAAGAUUCCGGGGAUAUUUCUGAUGGUCACACGAGACUCUAUGCUAAAAAUUCACCUAUUAUUGUGCGUCUUUUGUGUGUUUAGUGACGGAAAUCAACUAACUAACCACCAGAACAUCUAGAAUAAAGGCUGACUGUGUUAUUGUUGUCCCUCUAACAUUAUAGACGAAACUCAGAUAUGGGCUUUUUUCUCGCAGGGCUCGUCUCUUCAGGCUGUUGUCUGUUUCCUAAACUGAUGAAAGUGCUGUUUAGACCCACGACUAAGCUAUUUAUCUUAGGACCAUACCAGUGAUUCUUCAUGUUUUAUUGUAUUUAUUCCCAUUUCCAAUGAUGUAUUUGUCUACUGUUGACUAUUUAUAACUAUAAGGUUAAUUACAUUGGUGCUGUACCUACGUAAUGGGUGCUGCUUAUUAAUAAGGAACACUUGUUUUAAAAGGUUACAAGUGUUUAUUAAUGAAGAACUAACAAAUAAAAGAUCAGCAUUUAAAGAGAGCAGGUUUAUAAUAACAACUAACUUCUGUUGUUGGCUAACACAACUUUGUUUUUAAGGACUUCUUAACAUUUAUAAAGGGAGGCUUGAUAUCAGAAAGAAGACACACUGAGUAUUAUUAAGAGAGAUUAUUCAGGAGGUUUUCUACCUGAGUGGUAAAGCAAUACAAACCAUCGAUAAAGGCAUAGCCAACAUAGUUUAAAACCCCUUUAUAAUGGAGGUUUCGUUAUAAAGUGGCUGAUGAUGUAGAGAGCCUCACGCACUUAAGCAUCAUAAAUGUGAGGAUUUUCUCAAAAGCCUUCCCUUGCUUUCCUGGAAGCUGUUGGUUUCCAUUGAUUUCACAACGAAAACCUGUUGAAUCCAUCACGAUAAAUGUUAAAUCUGCAUUAUUUCUGUUGUCAGAGCCCCAUUAAUGCUGAGAGGUACCGCAGUGCUAUACCUUCUCAGAUCAAUUCAACUGCAUUACCUCGCAACAGUCAUGGGGAAAAAAGACGUCUUGCAGACAUGGUGAUGGAAUACUCAACUCACUCAAGCUAAUUGAUUUCAAUUCCAAAGGGAAAACUAUAGAAACAUUGGCAGCUCAAAAAAAAUCUACCAAAUGGUUGUCAGCAAUUAUAUCAAGUGUACGUCAUUUUUAGUUCUAGAUAAAACUUGCAAAAACAUCGGUGUGGUCCUUUAAAACUGUACAGGACAAUUCUCUCAUUUGAAAGCCAUUGUAAGAUGACUGUCGGGUUUUUAAAUAUCUUUUUGUAUGAUUCCAGCAGAAGGUUAUAGAUAGAUAGAUAAAUAGAUAGCUCUCCUCCUGAGAUUAGAUAUGCUGUGUUACUGCGUUGUCUUUUAACUGAAUUAGAUAGCCGAUCUCUCAAAGUUAAAUGUUGUCUGUUAUUCUGCGAGCGGAUGUGCCAUCCAACCAGAAGAUGGCAACAUUGCUCUAUUUUUUCACGGGGCCCCGUCUGCUAGAUAACAUGGCCCUGAUACUUCUUUUUAUACUGUUGUUAUAAGUGUAAGGACUUGUGCUUUGAUGUACUGUGAACCAUUGUGUCGUGAAGCAUCUUGUAGCCUGCAGACUGUUUCUCCAACCUGUCUGCUGUUAUAAUCCUGUACAUUAAUCUAACACCUCCUUCCUCACUGACGAUUGAUGUGUUACCAUGCAGAUCCUGUAGGUUAAUGUAAAUACUGUGUGUCUGAGGGAGCAGUGUGGAGAGUUUCCUGGUGUUACACCCGUCAGCUGCUCAUCAGUGUAAUGUGCUGAAUCAUGGUUGAGUAUUAAAACAUAUACCUGGUGAGCCCUCA